AUGUCUUUUUCUUUCUUUCUUUCUUUCUUUCUUUCUUUCUUUCUUUCUUUCUUUCUUUCUUUCUCACCGUUUGCCUGCCCGGUUCUCUCCAUUUGUCUGCUUUUUUCCUCUCUCUCUUAUUCUCUCUCUUUCCGUGUGUCCCUCAGCCAUUUUCUCUUUCUAUCUCUCUAUCUCUUUCUCUUCAUUUGUCUGUAUGUCUCUCUCCCCGUUUGUCUGCGUGUUUUUCUAGCUCUUUCUUUCUCUUUCCUUCUAUCUCUCUCUGCUUGUCUGUAUCUCUUACUCUUUCUCUGUUUGUUUCUCUAUUCUUCAGUUUCUCUCUCUCUCUCUCCCUCUCUCUCUCUCUCAUUCUUUUUCUCUCCGUUUGUCUCUCAGCCAUUUUCUCUCUAUCUUUUUCUUCAUUUGUUUGUCUGUCUGUCUCACUUUCUCUCCGUUUAUCUGUUUGAAUAUCCCUUGUUCGUUCUAAGUUUCUUUCUCCUUUCAUCCGUCUGUUUUGUCUCUUUCUCAAUUUGUCUGUCUGUCUACCUCUUUCUCUCUUUCUCUCUCUCUCGCUCACGUACAUUCUCCCUCUCCCUUUGUCUGCUUGCUUUGUUUCUUUCUUUUUCUCUCUUUCGUUCUCUCUGUUUGCUUCUUUGUCUCUUUCUCCGUUUGUUUCUCUUUCUCUUCCUUUUUCUCACACUCUUGCUCAGACCGUUUGUCUCUUUUGUCUCUUUUUCUUUCUUUUAUCCUCUCCGUUUGUCUGUCUAUUUAUAUCUUUCUCCCCCCCUCUCUCUCUCGCUUUCUCACACACACAUUCUCUCUCUCUCUCUCCGUUCGCCUGUUUGCCAUUUUCUCCACUUUUCUGUCUACAUCUUUCUCUUUCUCUCUCCGUUUGUCUGUUUUGUCUCUUUUUCUUUCUUUCAUUCUCUCCGUUUGCCUUUCUACCCCUCUCUCUCUCUCUCUCUCUCUCUGUGUUUAUCACACUCUCUCUUUUUCUUCGUUUGUCUGUCUACUUCUUUCUCUCUCCGUUUGUCUGUUUUGUUUUUCUUUCAUUCUCUCCGUUUGUCUGCCUAUCUACCUCUUACUCUCUUUCUCACACUCUCUUUUUCUUCGUUGGUCUGUCUGUCUCUUUCUCUCUCUUUCUUUCUGACACACUCUCUUUUUCUUCGUUUGUUGGUCUGUCUACUACUUUCUCCCGUUUGUUUGUUUUGUCUCUUUGUCUCUCCGUUUAUCUGUUUUGUCUCUCCCUCUUUCAUUCUCUCAUCUUGUCUGCCUGUCUACCUCUUUCUCUUUCUCCCUCUCUCUGUUCGUUUGUCUGUAUGCCUCUUGCUAUCUCUCUCAGUUCCUUUCUCUGUUUGUCUGUCUGUUUUUCUCUCUGCUUUUCUCUCCGUCUGUCCGUUUGCCUAUCUGUUUACCGCCCAAUAUCUCUUUUCUUCGUUCAAAAAUAAUCCAGGCCAAUCAACACCGCCAUUUUCAUUCUUGUCACCACAACAAACGAACUCUUCCGAUUUCACGCGUUAUCUCGCUUUCUUUCUUUCUUUUUUCUUUAACUAA